CCGCUUUAUAGCGCCGCCGGCCCCGCCGCCGCCGCACAGGCAACAGGUCGCCGGAGCGUCCCGGUCCCGGCCCCGGCCCGUCCCGCCGCCCCGGCCCGGCCAUGCCGCUGCGGCUGGCGCUCUGCCUGCUCGCCCUCUGCAGCCCCGCCGCCGCGCACGGUGGGAUCUGCUGGCUGCAGCAGGGGAAGGAGGCCAAGUGCACCAUGAUCCUGAAGACGGGCGUGACGUGGGAGGAAUGCUGUGCCAACGGCAAUGUGGACGUGGCUUGGUCUAAUUACACCUACCCAGGCAACAAGAUCAGCCUGCUGGGCUUCCUGGGGCUGGUGACCUGCCACCCCUGCAAAGAGAGCUGCGAGGGGGUGGUGUGCGGCCCCGACAAGGUCUGCAAGAUGAAGCACGGGCGUCCCCAGUGCGCCUGCGCCCCCGACUGCUCCAGCCUGCCCCGCAAGCUGCAGGUCUGCGGCUCCGACGGCUACACCUACCGAGACGAGUGCGACCUGCUGACGGCCAAGUGCAGAGACCACCCUGACCUCGAAGUGAUGUACCAGGGCAAAUGCAAAAAGUCCUGCUCCAGCGUGGUGUGUCCCGGCACCCACACCUGCGUGGUGGACCAGACGGGCAGCGCCCACUGCGUGAUGUGCCGGACGGCUCCCUGCCCCGAGCCCACCAGCCUGGACCACGCUCUCUGCGGCAACAACAACGUCACCUACCCCUCGGCGUGCCACCUCCGGCGGGCCACCUGCCACCGCGGCCGCUCCAUCGGCGUGCGCCACUACGGGAGCUGCUCGGCUGCGGCCAAAUUCUCGUCGGAGACUGGCAAUGCCGAAGAGAACUACGUGUGAAUCCUCCCUCGCCGCAAGGCUGGACCCAGGAGACAGGGGCAUUAUGUGUAUAUUGUACAAACCGUAUACCUGAUAUUUAUUAAGAUAAAAAGAUCCUUAUUUAUACCUGUGUAUGUUAUGCAGUUGCAGGGGGCCCGAUUCUUGGUCCUGCCAGCAGGGGAGGGGGCUCCCAGCCCGCGUGGCUGGAGCGAUGCCGAGCCACCCCAGGGAUGCUCCGGUGCCUGCAGAGCUCUCCGCCGGCCGGCGCCCGCUCCCGGCACUCGUACAGCCCUUCCUCACGGCCGGCACGGCGCUGAGGGGGCAUCCGUGCUGCCGCGCGUUGGGCCCCCCCACGUGUCCUUGGCCGGCAGCCCUGGGCCUAUUUAUUUUUGGAUUGAAUUCUUGGUACUCUGCUGACGUUUCUGGCCAGGACCUCGAGGUCUAGAGGGAAUCUGCGCUUUUGCCUUCCCCAGAGGGGCUCAGCCCCAGCUGCCAGCAGCAGGAAAGACAGCGUGGUGCUGCAUCUGAUUGGAGAUAGAUAGAUAUAUAUUUUAUGUAUUUUUUUUCCUCCUAAAGUUUUAGCAUGUGUAUGUUAAAACAGAUUUUAGUUUAGGUUUUCCUGGGCCCAUUCAGACCAGGCUCCCACCCAUCCUCGGAGGGGAUGCCAGUGCCCGGAGGGCUGGUGUGAUGGCGGCUGGGCAGCGCUGCCCACUGUGGGCCAUGGCAGCCCUGAGCGGGGGGCACGACUGUCCCCCCAGGCCCACCGCGCCCACCGCUGCUGCAGGUGCCCCUGCCCAGAGCCCACUGCCUGGGGGCCGGCCUGCCCAGACCCCUCUUCAUCCCUCCCUGCCAAAACCCCUUUGAGAGCAUCCCAGGCUGCUGGGGGGGCGGGGGGUGUCCACGGACCCCCAAGCCGUUUCCAGGGGUGGCACUGGGCAAAGCAGCCGUGCGGUGCCCCGGGACAGCGCUCCGCUCCCAGCCCCACUGCAGAGGGGCUGCGGGGGCACGGGGCCGGGGUGGCCGUGGGGAGCACGGCUCGGCGGAGGGGGACGGGAGAGGGGUGAUGGCCCUGCCCCCUUCCCCCGGGGACCCCCAGCCCGGCUCCCCCUCGGCUGUGCAGUCCCAGCCCCUGCCCGCCCCCACCUCCCACACCCCCUGCUCUGUCGACACCGUCUGUAUUUAUUUUUACUACUUCUCUCAUUUGUGUGUUGUCACCCAUGUAAAUACCAUCUCAUCUCUGACACCAAGAAGCUAUUGCCUUUAUAUAAAUAUCAUAUAUAUAAUAUAUAUAAAAAUACCCUAUUUUCUAUUUUUGUAUGAUUGCGUUCUGAUUCCUGAGGCAGACGCUGUGGGAACAUAUACAUUUCCUAUUCUGUAUUGUUAGGGGCAUUUUACAGCUGUGUUACAAUUUGGAGUAUAAUUAAAAAAAAGA